AUGUAUCUCCGGUACCUAUAUGGUCUCUUCACGGCCGCCUUUGUGGUGGUCGGGUUGUACAUGCUGUUCCAGGGACAAGGUGAAGCCUUCAAUGUCGGCCGGUUCCUGGAGGAGGUAUCUCCUUACGCCUGGGCCAACAUCGGUAUUGCUCUCUGCAUUGGUUGUUCGACAGUCGGAGCGGCAUGGGGUAUCUUCCUUACGGGCUCUUCGAUCGUCGGCGGUGGUGUGCGGGCGCCUCGAAUUCGGACCAAGAACUUGAUUUCCAUCAUUUUCUGUGAGGUUGUGGCUAUUUACGGUGUUAUCAUUGCCAUCAUCUUCUCCGCAAAGCUUACCCCAGUUGCCGAACACGAACUUUACACUCAGAGUAACUACUACACGGGCUAUGCUCUCUUCUGGGGCGGUAUCACUGUCGGCUUCUGCAACCUGAUCUGCGGUAUCUCCGUCGGUAUCAAUGGCAGUGGCGCUGCACUUGCCGAUGCCGCUGAUCCCAGCCUCUUCGUCCGGAUCCUGGUGAUUGAGAUUUUCAGCUCAGUGUUGGGCCUGUUCGGUCUGAUCAUUGGUCUUCUGGUGGGUGGCAAGGCUCUUGACAUGGGCGCGGCUUGA